AACCCAUUCCCCCGUUGAUUCGGUUUUAGUCUUGAUCAUUUCUGGAGAUCCUACCGGGUACUCUUCUGGUACAGGCGCAUCCAGCAUUUCAGCGUCUCGUGACGCGUCUAUGGCUAAUACCGACAACGAAGAACCAGUCAUAUCUGAGUCGUUUCCAAAGGAGACGCAUGCAUCCAAUUCUAUCUCUCAAGGGCCAGCUUUGACCGAGGAUUCUCCAAGUAUUCAGGAUGUCUCCGCCAGUAAAUCACUGGUCAAUCCGUCCCCAGAACCGCCUGCAGGAGAACCAAGCUCCAGCAAGGAAUUCCUAAGUGCAAAAGUGACUGCAGGACCAAACGGAGAUGCAUCUUCUGCCCUCAAUUCCUUACGCCCUAACCUCGCACCGUUGCCUUCAAAUGGCACUACGGCUGCGCCUCACCCGAAACGAUUCAGUGCUGUGAAUAUCAGCAAGAAGUUCCUCGAAAAGAACUCUUUGCCAGCCCCAAAUUCUAUGGCUUCGUCAUCUUCUUCACAAGCAAAGUCAGGAGGGUCGGCUGCAAGGCCCUCCGUGCAAUCUUCAUAUCCGCACUCGAGACUAGUCACUGCUAAGCUUACCGCAGCACCUCAGCCCUCAACAACCACCGGUCCUGGUUGGUCACGACCUUCCUCUGUGGCACCCGGCCUUCAACCUACACCUACCCCCAAUGGCAUCGCAACGCAGUCAUCAUCCUCAUCGCAGCCCAAGGGGCCAGCUACUUCUGCACCUGGUCCACCGCAGCUUCCACACGCGGGAAUGGUGAUUCAACCCCAGCCCCGAGCAGCCACCCAAAUUUCACAGACGGACGGGAUGACAAGCGGAAAGUCGGUUUGGGGAAAUCUCAGAAGCAGCAAUUCCUUACCUUCGGGAGUGCGCGUUCAGAGUGAAUUCCCGACGGCGGCAGAGGUCGCCCAAGUGUCUCGCAAGGCUAAGGGGAUGGACGGGAAAGAAUCCACCGAAGUCUCAGAGGCACAUAAACAGGCAAGGUUGGAGGAAGCUGAUACGUUUCGAGGUGUGCAUCUUGAUCCAAAUGCUCACCAUUGGGAUGAAAUGGAAGAGGAUGAUGACAAUUUCUUGGACGGUGUCAUCGAAUUCGGUGAUGGACGACAAUACAAAGUCGAUACGGCAGAAACUCCACCAACGAACCCGCCGACACCGUCAUUAAACGGCUCCAGAGAACCUUCUCGAACCAGUCCAAGGCGAGAACGUGAAGCUUCAAUUGGAAGAUCCAACUUCUCUGUUCGUAAAGAAGAGAGAUUUGCCGAUGAUUUCGACCGAAGUUGGCCAAAGAGUUCUUCGCUUUCAUCUGUAGGAGCACCCUAUUCUGGUCCAAGUGGGGGGUCUAUCGUCAGUCCGACUUCUCCAGGCAGUACCGUUCAUGUGUCUCAAUCUGGACAAGAGAGUGGGCGAGUGCUUUUCAACGAACGUUCGAAUAGACUAGAACCGUACAGCAGCUCUCACCGACAGGGACAAACCUCUUACCCCUUGAAAAAAGUUCAUUCUGAUGCUCCCGUUCUAGAGACUAAGACAUCCAGAGAAGCGUCGUCGUCUUCGAACAGCAACGUUCAGCUACUUCAGAAGGGCGGCGAGCGUGGUCGUGCGCAUAUGGGUAUUCCAGGUUCGGGUACUUUUGACAGGCAACGGGACUAUUCUCGCAGGGAUGGGUCAUGGAUGGGUCACGUACCCCCCAGCCCACGGUCAGCAUUCUCUCAGGCAGGUUCUGUGAACGGAAGCGAAAUCCGUGGGCGUCGUCUGUCAAAUAUGGGACCACCCCCUCCUCCAGGUUCAGGAUCAAGGGACUUCGGCCAACGGCAGUCAACUCCUCAUUACCCUAUUCAUUCGUAUAAUGCAAGUCAAGCAGGUAUGCCAUCUCGUGAGUCGAGGUUUCCUCCCGGCCCUCCAUCUUCGUCAAGUGCUGCUUCCGUUCGGCAUCCUUCCCAAUCUCCAGUGCUUUCUCAUGCGUCUUCUGCCGUUGUUUCGUCUGGCGUUGAGCCUAGCGCCGCCCAACUGACUGGGCCAGAUAUUGAUGAGCUCAGAAAAGACGUGAUGCAGAGUGCCGCAGCCAGAGCCAAACAACGUCGGCAACAGGAGGAGGAAGAAAGGGAAAAAGAGAAGGAGCGAGCACGGCGCAAGGCUGCAGAGCUUGCGAACGAAGCUAAACCAAAGACGGAUUCAGAAGCUAUCAAGGAGCAUGAAAUCAUUGCUGUCAUUGAAGAUGCAAUUAAAUCAGUUGAUAUUGCAGCUCUUUCUGUCGAUUCGACGAAGCCUUCGGCUUCAGAGAAGACACCAAUGCAACGACUACCUUCUUUGAAAGGCCUGGAUAGAACACGGCUACCAGUGUCCAGACGACUGUCAAUGUCUUCCAGCAUUUCGGGCCCCGCCCCAGCAGCUUUAACUGCAUCGUGGCGAAGCCAUGUUACUCCUUUACCUCCCCCUUCAAUGUUGCUACCUGCGACCACUAGCCGGAAUGCUCAGACAGUUCAAACCCACGGACCUUCUUUUGUUUCCGCUCUAGAACAUGUGCAAAUUCUCGCAGAAGACUCCGAAGCAGAUCUUGAAGUCAUCGAAUUUUCUGAUAUGGGCAAAUUUGUCGGACUUCCCGAUCCUCUUGAACCUAAAAGUGAUCCAAGCCGACUGCCACUAUCAAAACCAUCGCGACCUGUCGCCAGUGAUUUCUUCGACGACAGACCAGGCGACUUCGAAACUCCUUCAUCGUCAAAGGCCGAUAUGGAUACUUGGAGACGAAGAGGGUCCUUAGAAGGGAAAGGCGGCAAAGAUGCGGCGGGAGCGUCCACGCAUCCAAGUUUAUCGACACCCUCACCGAUGCAACAAACGCAUCUGGCACCUUCAGAAAUGGCCUCAUCCACUCAGUCCGUUUCAGCGCAGACAUCCCCCAGUAAAUCAUCCAAAUAUCAGUGUUACAACCAAGCCACGAUGUCAGCCCUUGACGACGCCAUGUCUCGUAUCAAAGGAGCAUUGGAUGUUAUGCAGGCUAGUGAUAAAGAUGUUUCAGUGCAGCUCCAGCUUGAACAGGAACCAGAAGCAGAACCAAAGAGGCCUUCUCCACCGGCACAACCGAUAAGUCCUUCGGACUCGAAGACGGCCAAGGAGAGAUGGAUCCCACCUGCAUUGCGACCUCGACACCUUGAUGUAGAGCCGCGAGAAAAUUUCCAUUCCACAGCGCCAGAACCUCCGCGGUCACCAAAACCUGCUUGGAAUGCCUUUACAGUUAAGUUGCCCAAGACGUCAAUAGUAAGGGAGGCUAUUAGCAAGAAACAGUUAUCUCACCUUGCCAGAGUAUUCCCUGUCCGGUGGGACAUUCUAUCCUUUGAUCCACCCGUAGAAGGGAUGAGUCGUCGCGAUUUCACAGUGAUCGAUGUUCUAUAUCGCAAACAACCUACAUACAAAGGGAAGAAUAAGUUCAGGGUCGUUCUUCCCAGAGCUGGCGCGCAUCUACAAAUGUCCAAGGAGAGCAACCAUUUGGGUUCGAAAGGGAACGGCGGCGGCGCGUUUGGAAAACCUACUAUGGCUGAUGGUGCCUCAACGUGGAGAAAGCCCGAAUCAUCACCCUUGCCUACGAAUGCCCUUCCAGGACCUCCAUCCUCUAUCGUGGUACCAUCUGAAUCGCCUUUGGCCAACUCUUCGUCUCUUGCGCCUUCAGUGAAAGGGGACGUGUCGCGGAUCAAGCCACAACCGAAGAUGCCUGCUGGGACGUCGGUAGCUUUCUAUCGUGAUUCUCAAGUAUUAGACGCGGGCAUCGAUGUGAAGCCUCUCGUCAACUUCAUCGUUACAAGUGAGCUGGAGGAACCACGGCUACCGACAAAGGAUGGUUCAAUGGCAGGAGCAAGUCGCGCUUUGAAUGAUUCUCGGCCUGAUGGUGUUGCAAACGCAUCCAUUGAGCAACAUAUUCCAAGAACAGAUACAACGCCAGCAUCGUCAUCGAGCCUCAUUCAAACUGGCAACACCCCGGACGAUUUGUCAGACCUGUCUUCAAUAGCGCCGCCUUCUCAGCCAUCCAGUUCUUGGAGCAGAUCUUCACUGAAUAUGUCAGGCCGAGGUCCUGACCCCGAGCAUCUGAAGGCGGUGUGGUCGCAAACUUCCAACAUGGCUGAAUUGCAUCCCGUGAACUCCCUUGAAGGUAUCGCCGACGAUCCGGUCCCUUUCACUCUUCAAGACGUCAAGUCGGAAGAUGGAGCGACUCCCCCCCCAACAUCAUCUUCUGGGCCUUCCCGCAUGUCCUUGCAUGAUGUUACUCGUGCCUUCCAACAAGUUCCACCGACCUCUGGCUCUACUAACCACAAGCUGACCAUAUCACCUCCCACUACGUCCGCACCCGUUGCACGUCCAGCUCCGAAUUUCGGGUAUGCGAUGUCGUUGCCAACAUCGAAUCAAAAUAUGCGGGCUCCCUACCCUCCGUAUGGCUCUCCGAUGAUGAGCCACUCACCAGCACCCGUCGUAUAUUCACAUCCGAUAACGAAUAGUCCUGUUCCCAGCCGGAUGCAGGUCAGCGGACAGACACCGCUGUAUGGACAACCCGCUGUAUGGAUGCCGUUACCUGCUCCCGCAACGACCCAGGCUCACGGCGCAAUGAUGAGGCCCGUUCCGUCCCCUUAUCCACCGCAGCUAAUGGCGUAUUCCCCAAGUGCUCAGCCAAUGUACCUACCCGUCGUGCCGAAUAUGCAGAGCCCGCCUCAACAAAAUUCCGCCUCCAACCGUGGGAGAAGCAUGUCAAUGAUGAUGAGCCCCGGAAUCCCACACGCCUCUCCGAAUAUGUACGGGAGUCCGGUGAUGAUGGCUUCGCCUGCUCGGAAUCAAAUGAGAAAUGACAAUAGUCAAACUCAUCCUCCACCGACGCAUCAUCCGCCAACGAGUACAUAUGCUCCGGUACCUUCGACUUCUUUCAUGCGGCCAUCCUGGUGAACUUUACUUUGAUACUUUUAACAUACUUGCUUCAGUGGUAUAUAUAUCAUUCAAUUUUAUACUUUCCGAUGCCUUAUUUUGAACAGCACCAACAAUGCUAACAAGAGUAUAUUAAGUUGGAAAAAAUUGCAUUGAUAGAUGUGAUAUUCGUAAUGUGCAAAAGACAGGUAGAAGG